AUGGGUUUAGUCAAUGCCAUCAAUUCAUCAUCACUAACAAAAGAUGAUGAUGUUGCAAUCGACGAGUCCAUGGAGCAGACAGAUGUUGAAAGUAGACUCGAGGCUUACAAAACUAAAAACCCUCAUUUCAAAGUUAUUAUGCAACCUAGCUAUGUCUCUAAUGGAUUUCGAUAUUCAUUUCCAAUUCGUCAUGUGAGAAGACAUUUGAAGCCUUUGGAAGUUCAACAAAUUCAAUUGAAGGCAACAGAUCAUGAGAAGAGCUACCCCGUUAGGUUAAAUUUGUACAAUCACAACAGUCAAGUUUUCGCCGGAUUUGGAUGGAAAAAAUUUGUGCUUAACUAUAAUUUGCAAGCAGGCGACGGUUGUGUUUUUGAGCUGGUCUGCCCUCAGUCCAAUGCUUACAAGGUUACCAUCUUUCGUGUUGCGGCAACUACAUGA